AUGUUUCUGAUAAGGACUCUUCCUGAUCGAGACUACGCUAUUGAACGCAGCAAUGUUUGUUUUACGAUUGAUGCCGUAGGUUUAUUAAAGAAAAUUAAUAAAUGGAUUAUGAAACAUUUCCCAGAACUCUUUUAUUCACAACAAAGUUCAAUCAUUUUAAUGCAUUUCCGAAAAUAUGAAUUACAAAACAGCAAAGAAUAA